AUGUCUAUGUACAACCACUCCCAAGGUACAAACACAGCUUCGCCUGCAGCCCAAAUCAUCUUGCUCAACGCUCCGGAUCACGACCCCGGUGCACCGCUCACACUCGCUACACGCCAUCGCAAUACAUCCAUCUCCUCGCUCCAGUUAGCCACUCACAUCAAUGCCAAUACUCACACUCACACCUUUAGCCAGACAGUCUCACAACUUCUCUCACAAGUGCAACCUCAACCUACACAACACGCACAACCUUACAACCGACAGGCACACGCAAUUCAACUUGCAGGGACCGAGCGACGACCAAAGCGUGGUGAUGAAGACUACAUCAAACGGCCCGAGAACACAUCCUUCCUCUUCCGUUGCGGAUGCUGUUGGGAAAAGAACGAGGCAAGAGGCAGCUCAUCAUACACUACAAGUAUUGUGAGUGUCUCUUCAUCAGCAUCUACCGCCGAUUCUGACGACUACAGCAAAUUCGACUCGCUCUCCGCCGAUAGUUCACUGUAUGGCUGCCUGUUCGGAUAUCCGCACACGACGUGUAGUAGCGAUGGGUCAACCGCAGAUGCAGUCAUAACCGUUGAGCCUCUCAAUGCCCUCGCUUUUGGGUGGUCCGUCUGGAUCUGGUCAAGGGAUGGGCCUGGCAAUCGACACCCGUAA